GGUGCCCCAAUGCGGCAGAAGUCACCGACUGCGUCCAAGAGGACAAGCAGGCAAGGGAAAGCGAGGUAACGGCCUGGCCAGAGGCGUCUGGUCUGUUUGGCAGCCCGUCCGCUUUCUCCGCGUUUCUGACGCAGUGACUCGAAUCUCCAGGCAGGGGGCUUGUGUGCGGUUUGGCUGCCUGGGGGCGUCGGCUUCUCCUUCGGGAGCGGGCGACUUUUUAGCCGAGGUUUCAGAGCUUCACCCUGCCUGCAUUUGGACUCCGACCCCGAGCUCUUGCGCUCUCUCCUCAGGAGCCAGCCGUUCUCCAGAGCUGGCUUCCCCGAGCUUGGAGGGGCUUUGGUGGAGAGAGGUAUCUUAAGAAUCCAUCUUUCAACACCAUCAAGAGAAGAUUCUCGCCUUGAAAACUGGACUAGACAACGUAUAUGUAGAGGAGGUUCAUGCAGAAGGAGUGCUAGCAAUGAGAGGAUACCUGGUGUUCAUAAUUCUGAGUUGUGUCUUUCUCUAUUAUGUACUUCAUUGCAUUUUGUGGAGAGAUAAUACCAGUUGGCUACGAGUUGUAGAAAUGAAAAGGUCGCCUGUGCUGUCUUGUUCAUCGAAGCCCGCUUUUGAGUCUCUACUGAGUUUUCAUGGAAUAUAUCCUUUCAUGUGUGCAAGUGAUUUAAAAAUGAUAGCCACUCUUCAUGAAAGUGAUAAGAUUGCACUACCCUAUGGGUUAAAGAAAUCAGUGCAUCAUUUCUACCUUGCUCUCUCAAGACUUCAGAGUUGUGAACUGUUCCCUGAGUCCGAUAAAGUUCCCUGUAAAAAAUGUAUUGUUGUUGGUAAUGGUGCAGUUUUAAGGAAUAAGACACUGGGAGAAAAAAUCGACUCCUAUGAUGUGAUAAUAAGAAUAAAUGAUGGACCUGUCAGAGGACACGAAGAGGAUGUUGGGACAAGAACAACGUUCCGGAUUUUUUACCCAGAAUCUGUCUUUACAAACCCAGCUGACAAUGACCCUGACACUGUUGCCAUCCUUACGGUCUUCAAACCCCAUGACUUGAAGUGGUUGUGGGAAUUGCUGGCUGGCAUCACACCAGAGGUUAAUCAUUUUUGGAAGAAACCAGCCUUAAAUCUGAUCUAUAAACCUGAAAAAAUCAGAAUCCUAGAUCCUAUUAUUACAAGAAUGGCUGCUUUCAACAUGCUUCAUUUUCCUACAACUUUUCCCAAAACGGAGAAACCCAAACACCCAACAACAGGGAUCAUCGCCAUCACGCUGGCAUUUUACAUAUGCCAUGAAGUUCACUUAGCAGGGUUUAAGUACAAUUUUACUGACAAAAAUGGCCCUUUGCAUUAUUAUGGGAACACUACCAUGUCUAUGAUGAGCAAGAGUGAAUAUCACAACAUAACAGCGGAACAGAUUUUCUUAAAGAAUAUCAUAGAAAAAAACUUUGUUAUUAACUUGACAAAAGAUUGACCCUAAAGACUCAAGAUAUUGAUCCUUCAUCAGUAUUUUAUUUUUUUAUAAAAUUUGAGUUUAUUUUUUAAAAUGCCAAGCUACUUCUGUAAAGCAUGUCUUUCAAUUUUUGUAUAAUUGUUAGGAAGUGUUCAAGACCUGAGUCUGUUAUUGUCUGCUGGUCUAGAUUUAACAGAAGUUGCAUUCUGUGAGUAUAUUUAAUUAUGAAAACAUAUUACAGUUAAGAUAUCAGGGCAAAUGUUAAAGUAUCCUGAAAGUUCAAUUUUUAAAAUGAAAGAAUCUUAACUUUAAAUUCUCAUUUGGAAGAAGUCUAAAUUUCUAAGGAUCAAGAAAAUUGGGUGGUUCGACAGUUCUGUUCGAACACUCCAAUCAAAUGAUAAUCAUGUUCUAAAAGUUAAGACUACCUGAGUAAAUCCAGGGUGAGAUAGGCCUGGAUAUUGUCAGAGUAAAUGAAUGAUGGUGUUGUAUCUAUGGAAUUAUAAGUUUUUAUCCUAUCAACUGGUGAUUUCAAUUUGCAACCUUUGUAUCUCUGACUCAGGAACUGUGUUUUGGCCAAAAUUAACUGAAUAGCCCAAACUUUCUCUUUAUUUAAUCUCUAUUGUUUUUCUCCUCUAAGCCAACCUUAAUCAUGGAAAGCCAUGGCAGUGUGUUUCAUUUCGUUUACAGUGGAGAUGUUUUUAGAAUGAAAUAGAAAAUUUUCAAAAUUGUAAAUGUAAAUGAUAAAAAUACUUGAAUGAAAACUUGAAUGAAAACUGAGUUUAGUUUUUUUUUUCUUCAAAAUGUUUCAAGAGCCAUCCUAUAAUUCUUGUAGUCGUAUAGACACUUCUUUUAGGGAUUGCCUUUCUUCUAACAGGUUGUUGUUGAUCUAUACGUGUUUUCCCUCUUCCCUCCCUUCCCCUAAUUGAUUUUCUUGAGUCUUUGAUGCUUAAAAUUUUACAUGAUGUAAACUUCCAGGCCCAUGCUAUCUUCAACUGGGUUUCUAAGCCUGUCUCUGGCUUCUCACUACCCGUUGUAUCACUGAUAGGAAACCAAUUAAUACACUUGAACAAGACCUCUAUCCCUCCCUAUAAAAACCUCUGGCUUUUAUCUCUAUCACUGAGCUCCCUGAUCUGUGGACAAACUAGCUAUAUCUAUUCUGAACUAGUUUGAACAAUGAUUUUGGCAUAACUAGAUGGGUUAGUUGUGGACCAUCUAUCUUCUCCUUUCUCUGUCUAUAGCCUGAAAAAUCAUCUUGUCAGUGAUUUGGGGGAUUUUUCCAGCUGUGUCCUUGACUGUUCUACACAAUUUUAUACCUUAAGUCUUCCCGUGUAUCAGUGAAAAAUGCACCUGUAAUAAAGACCUACUGCUUUCAGCAUCCUAGUUGGUCUACCUCAGUAUUCCCCCAAAAUGACUGAAAUGGAUGAAGACAAUCUAAUAAUUCACAAUAUUUGCCUGGCUUGAAGUCCCUGUAUCUUUCACGUAAUUUUUCAACCUCACAUUCUUCCUCUUAUCCACAAGCCCGUUCAUUUUCAAUGUACGACCCAUUUCACUAACUGCCUCUGGUCACUAUUUAGUCCACUACGAUUACUCUUUCUAAAGCACUGCUUUUGUUGUUAUUUACUGCUCCAAAACUCUUCAGUGACUUUCCAGUGGCUUACAGAAUAAAUUCAUAACUUAUGUCAGGGCAUUCCCACUGAACUAAAUACCCUGUGCUUCCCCACUUUAGCAUUUUUACUCUUUGUGUUCUGACCUGAAAUGUCCUUCCCACAUCAUCAGUUCUGUCUACUUAAAUUCUCAUAUGCCUCUUUCUCCAUGAUUCCUCCCAAAUCCUCCACCCUAAAGUCACCUCUCCCUCCACAACACCCCAACUGUGUUUAAGACCUUUUUUGUAGCCUUGUAUUUCUAUUUUAUGUAAAUGUCAUCCCUUUUACUAGAUUGUAAGCUUUUUGAGGCAGGGACCAAGUCUUCUUAAUGUCUCCCCACAGUGAUUUGUACAUAGUAGCUGCUUAAUAAAAGCUUAUUUAAAUUAA